AUGGCAAUAACAUUGGAUGAUAAUGCAACCCCAUCAACAGUGUGGGUAUCAGAUGAAUGCGAUUUUCCUGGCGUAGUUAACGAUAAACUCCAAGGAUGUGGUACACAUCCACAAGCGCGAGUUGUCUACAUAGCCGUUCUAGCUUACACUUCCGUCAUAUUCUUAACUUCUCUGGCACUAUUAUACUAUCGAGUUAUUUUCCAAGGCCAGUUGCUGCGGUUUCCACUUUCACGUGGACGAGGAAUUUUAAGGUUUCGACCGUUAGAAGCUUUUCAAAUUUGCGUAGCUUCUUUCACUUUAGCCACAAUAGUUGAUGCCAUUUGUUUGAUAGGCGAUCUAUAUUCAAAUACAAGCUGGGCGCUAGUCGGCGGACAACUUCCUGUUAUAGUUGGAUUCUCUUUAUCAACACUCUAUCCAAUCGGGCUGUUGUACGCCACCUCAAGCGCCGACGAAUCUCUCUCUAAAGAAUCAAAGUUAUACAACAAAUACCUUAUCGACACGACCGGAUUCUUUUUUCUUAUUGGACCUGCAUUUACCAUUCUUCCCAUACGAUGGAUUAAAGGCAAACACUUGAUAGAACAUAAUCAGGCAGCAACGAUAGCCACAGCAAAUUGGAACACGGGAAUUUGGACCGUUUGGACGAUAUUGUAUCUGACGGUGCUUUUCUCUUUUUGGUCAAAAUUACGCGCUGUACUAAAAAAUUAUAUUGCUCAGUUGAAACAACGUGUAUUAUUUGGCGAUGGGUAUAGACUACGAAAGAUCCUUGGCAUUUCUAGACACGCAAGUAUUUUUAACAUAUUUGUUGAUUCUAUGGAAAAAAGUGCGGGGAUAAACGUCUUUCUAAUUCUAUUUCGUAGAGAGGCCAAAGCCAACAUGGCCUUUAUGGGAUUUGACGUUUUCGAAGGGCUAGUCGGUGUACAACCAAUCCUUAUUAUAAUACGUGAAUUAAAAAUGAAUCGCACAUCACCAGAACAAGUCCACAAAAAUGAAUCUUCAGCCACAAAAACCCACGAUACAUCUGAUCACCCAUAUUUGCAUACUGUCAAAGAAAAACUCUCAGAUGCUGUGCAUAUAACAGCACAAAAAUUAAACCUUGAACCUCAUGAACGUCAUCCAGAAGCUUAUCAUCAGGACGGUAAAACUGGUCCUGAAUAA